AUGCCUUCUUCUCUUCAGCUGGAGAGGUUUAAUCCUACCACCGACGCCACCGCUUCCGCCGCCAUUGCUAACGGCGUAAACUGCCCCAGGCAGCCUCAAACGCCGCCUCCCGUGGCGGCGCGUCGCCUCGUGAUCCCCCUUACGCUCUGUUUCUCUUCAGGUGUAGCCCCGGACACCGUGGCUCGCCAACACGCGCACAUGGUGGGGCCCAACCAGUGCUGCUCCGUCGUGACCCGAUUCAUCGACGCCCCUGUCUCCGCCGUGUGGCCGGUUGUUCGGCGCUUCGACAACCCGCAGGGCUACAAGAAUUUCGUGAAGAGCUGCCACGUCAUUACCGGCGACGGCAUUAACGUCGGCGCCGUCCGCGAGGUCCGUGUGGUGUCGGGCCUCCCCGCCGUGUCGAGCACGGAGAGGCUGGAGAUCCUGGACGACGAGCGCCACGUCAUCAGUUUCAGCGUUGUCGGCGGAGACCACCGUCUGAGGAAUUACCGGUCGGUGACGACUCUUCACGCUGACGGAAACGGGACACUUGUCAUCGAGUCAUACGUCGUUGACGUACCGCAGGGUAACACGAAGGAGGAAACCUGCGUGUUUGUCGACACAAUCGUACGUUGUAAUUUGCAUUCGCUCGCUCAGAUCGCCGAGAAUAUGACCAGAAAUCGUGAACUCAAUUCUCAACAACACUGAUAAUGGUUCCCAACCAACUCUACCUUUUAUUCAUUCUCUCUCUAUUUCUUCCCUUUUCUUUUUUCUUUUCUUUUCUUUUAUUUAAAAAAAAAAAAAACUGUUUUGUGUCUUCCGGGUUUUUUUUGUUUCGAAUAUGGGUUCGGAUCUUGUUGUAUCAUGGACUUAGAUGUU